CUGAUGGUAUUGCCCUGAUUGCUCACACAGGGGUGCAGGGAUAAUGGCUAAUAUAUGGUGGGUAGGUGGCUCCUACAGACUCCCUGCAUGGGCCCCAUAGCCGGCGCUGGUGCGGAUGCUGAGAGUUCUGAAGUGCGCAAGUGCUUAUCUUCUCAUUUACUCCCUUUGCCCCUUCAGUCCCUCCCUUCUGCUCCUUUCCUCCAUCUCCUUUCUCUUUCUUUCACCCCUCACCUUUCCUGCCUCCCCUGGUAUAACUCUCCUCACCUUUCCCCCUCCCUCACUCCUCCCCUCUCUCCUCCUCUUACCUCCCUCCACCCAAUCUUCCUGCUUUCUCUAUGGAUUUACUGGAGUCCGGUCUGGGACACAGGGAGAGGAGAACAGCCCUGGAAGCAUCCAAGCCCCCCACCCGGAAUCCCCUCUCAGUCAGGCCAGGGAGUCUGCACUCUCACAGGGGUCUCAUCUCCAAACUUCUCCCAGGAAAUCCCCCCUCCCAGGCACAGAAAGGGAAAGCUGCCUAAGCCUGGGCUGGACACCUGCACUGUGAGAGAGAGCUACUGAAUGAAUGAGACUGCCUAGGGGAGCAUCACAGGGCUCCUGGGAAUGACAGCAACACCCUGGGAAAGGAGAGUGAGCCUGUGCGAGAGGGAGACACCCCUAUCCCUGCUGGCAGGGUGUAACACUGAGCACUUGCACUGCGGUUGGUGUGUGACUGUUUGAGAGUGCUGCUUCUUGUGUGCCCAGUGCCACUCUAUAGUUGGGGUGCAGGGCAAAUAGGUAGGUGAUCCCGUCACACCUCAUUUUCCCUUGGGCAUUGUGCUGCCGCUGUGUGGGACUGUGCUACAGGUGGGAACGUAGUCGCUUUGUGUAGUGAUUGCCGUGUACUUGUGUGGUACCUGACAUCUAAGCAUCCAACAUGGCGGAACAAGAGGGGCUACAGUUUGGGAAGGCGGAUUUUGUUCUUAUGGACUCGGUCACCUUACCGGAAUUCAUGGAAAACCUAAAGCUCAGGUUUGAGAAGGGCCGAAUAUACACAUUUAUUGGGGAGGUGGUGGUGUCAGUAAAUCCAUACAAGAACCUGCCUAUCUAUGGGAGAGAUACCAUCGAGCAGUAUAAAGGGAGGGAGCUGUAUGAGAGGCCACCCCAUCUUUUUUCCAUUGCAGAUGCAGCCUACAAAGCUAUGAAAAGACGGUGCAAGGACACGUGUAUAGUAAUAUCAGGGGAGAGCGGAGCUGGCAAGACAGAAGCCAGCAAGUACAUCAUGCAAUACAUUGCUGCAAUCACUAACCCCAGCCAGAGAGCAGAGGUGGAGAGGGUGAAAAACAUGCUGCUGAAAUCCAACUGCGUCCUGGAGGCUUUUGGAAAUGCCAAGACAAAUCGAAACGACAACUCCAGUCGCUUUGGGAAAUAUAUGGAUAUAAACUUUGACUUCAAGGGAGACCCCAUCGGUGGCCACAUCAGUAACUAUUUACUGGAGAAGUCUCGUGUUAUUGUACAGCAACUGGGCGAGAGGAACUUCCACUCCUUUUAUCAGAUGAUUCUAGGUGCCCCCGAACAGACCCUUCGCUCCCUCCACCUCCAGAAAGAUAUUUCUUUGUAUGCCUACACCCGCUCUCUCGCACAGCUCAAGUCUUCUAAUAAUGACACAGGUGACUUUAAAGAUGUCGCUGAGGCCAUGAAAGUGAUUGGGUUCAAACCAGAGGAGAUUCAGACAGUGUACAAAAUUCUGGCCGCUAUUCUGCACCUGGGGAAUCUCAAGUUUGUCCUGGAUGGGGACACCACCCUAAUAGAGAAUGGUAAAGUCAUUUCGGUAGUGGCGGACCUUCUGGGCACCCGGUCAGAGCAAGUAGAGAAAGCCCUGCUCUUCCGAACGGUGGCCACGGGCAGGGAUGUUAUAGACAAGCAGCAUACUGAAAAGGAAGCCAAUUACGGUAGAGAUGCAUUUGCUAAGGCCAUCUAUGAACGCCUCUUUUGCUGGAUAGUGAAUCGGAUAAAUGAUGUUAUUGAUGUGAAACAGCAGGAUGCCGCUUUGCAUGGAAAAAACACAGUUAUUGGCGUACUGGAUAUAUAUGGCUUUGAAAUUUUCGACAACAACAGCUUUGAGCAAUUUUGCAUAAAUUAUUGCAAUGAGAAGCUUCAGCAGCUGUUCAUCCAACUUGUACUUACCCAGGAACAGGCGGAAUAUCAGAGAGAAGGGAUUCCCUGGAAACAUAUAGACUAUUUUGAUAACCAGAUCAUUGUGGACUUGGUGGAACAGCAGCACCGAGGGAUUAUUGCUUUGCUGGAUGAUGCUUGUAUGAACGUUGGGAAGGUGACGGACAACAUGUUCCUUGAAGCUCUGGACAAACAACUUGGAAAACACGCGCAUUACUCAAGCAGGAAGGUCUGUGCCACAGAUAAAGCGCUGGAGUAUAACCGAGACUUCCGGAUCCGUCAUUAUGCUGGAGAUGUGGUUUACUCUGUGGUGGGAUUUAUUGAUAAGAACAAGGACACACUCUUCCAGGAUUUCAAGAGACUGAUGUUUAACAGCUCCAAUGCAGUUCUAAAGGCCAUGUGGCCAGAAGGAAAACUUAGCAUUACGGAGGUCACAAAGCGACCACUUACGGCAGCCACGCUCUUCAAAAACUCCAUGAUUGCUCUGGUAGAUAACCUUGCAUCCAAGGAACCAUACUACGUUCGCUGUAUUAAACCCAAUGAAAAAAAGUCUCCUGCUCUAUUUGAUGAGGUGAGGUGUAAGCACCAAGUGGAAUACCUGGGUUUGCUAGAGAACGUCAGGGUCCGAAGAGCUGGAUUUGCAUAUCGCCAAGUGUACGAGAAGUUCCUCCACAGGUACAAGUUAAUAUCAUCACUGACCUGGCCUAACCACAGCCUGCCUUCAGACCGUAUAGCCGUGGAGAGGUUCAUGGUAGACUGCGGCCUAAACCAUGAUGCAGCAUAUGGGAAAACCAAGAUCUUCAUCCGCACACCGCGUACAUUAUUUUUCCUAGAGGAGAGGCGCAGUGAGAUGCUUAUUAGAAUCAUCCUUUUUCUGCAAAAGCUAUGGAGGGGGACUCUUGCACGCCGCCGGUGUAAGAGAAUUCGGGCAGGUCUCACAAUCCUACGCUACUACAGACGCUACAAGGUGAAAUCCUACCUCCGUGAGGUCAUGCACAGGUUCAAUGGAGUAAAGAACAGCCGAGACUAUGGGAAACACGUAAAAUGGCCCACUCCACCCAAAGUGCUGCGGCGCUUCCAGGAGGCUCUACAGCACAUUUACAACAGGUGGAGAGGAUACCAGAUAAUCAGAAGCUUGCCUCCUGCUGAAAUCCCUAAGGUCCGGGCUAAAGUCGCUGCCUUUGAGAACCUUAAAGGACACAGAGUGGAUAUGGGUCUUCAGAGAUGCUGGGAAGGAAGCUACUUGGCUUUGAAUCAAGAGAAUGGACGUGAUUCUGACCUGUUUGUGUCCCGGUCGAGUGAGCUCCAGAGAAAGGACAAAUUCAUGCAGGCACUGUUCUCCUGCCAUGUGCGCAAGGUCAACAGGUUUAACAAGGUAGAAGAUCGUGCCAUCUUUAUCACUGACCGGCAUUUAUACAAGAUGGAUCCUGGGAAGGCGUACAAAGUAAUGACCAGCACUCCACUUUAUAAUGUGUCUGGCAUUAGUGUGACCAGUGGGAAGGAUCAACUGGUCGUCUUCCACACCAAAGAUAACAAAGACCUCAUUGUGUGCCUGGGAUGUUCUGGGCAACCCCCUUGCGAAAGCCGGAUAGGGGAGCUGGUUGGAGUCCUGGCAAACCAUUUCAAAAGUGAGAGGAGGCCCCUGCAGGUGACAGUAUCCCACCCAAUCCAGUGCAGACAGCAUGGCCGGUCCUGCUCAAUUACAGUGGAAGCCAAGAUCAACCAGUCUCAGCCUCAGUUCACCAAGAACCGUUCAGGUUUCACGCUCAGUGUUCCAGCCAAUUAACAUUCCUUUAUCUCAGCACAACGCUUAGCAGCUCGCCAAAUCCAUGCUUUCCAGGCUUGCUUGAUUGAAUGGCGCGGGGGACUGGCUCCCCUGUAAAUCUUUUUUUCAGCCUUCGAAAGGACUGUACACAAAUUCCUACCUACCACUGUCUUCAUUUAGAAGCUUUUAAGUAAAGAAACUGUCACACAGAGUAAUAAAAAUAUUGGAGAUUGUA